AUGAACUUUUGGAAGUUGAAUGUCCUGUUAUUUGGAGGGUGGCUCAUAAGUGGGGUUGUAGCCCAGGCUCCUGGUGUGAGUUCUCCGAGCUUUGUUCCUCCUGAUGCCAGAGGGGCUCACCGCCCACUUCCUGCCACCAACGCAUGCCUUCAAUACGAUUUCAGCUGGAAAGCUCGUAAUAAUGGGUAUCCACCAUACUCAUUAACUGUUGAGAGAGUGGCAUGGGAGUACGAAAAUGUUUACACCAUUACAGUUCAUGUUCAGGGUUCUGUCAGUAUCCCAAUUGAAUCCUUAUGGUCGUUGAAGAUAGUUGACGCCAACUCACCCGAUGGUUCGACAUUCCAAUUGUACAGCCGUAACGAGAGCAGACACUUGAUAAAUGAUCCUACCAACUACUAUGUUAGUUUCCGUGUGUUCGGAAGGCAAGGUCCUGUCAACGAAUUGAUGUGUACACCAGAAUUUGGAAUUCAAUACGAGUAUUGUCAGGGUUCUGCCGAUUGUUCAAAUUGGACGUACGGAACUACCGCCUUCACCUUAAACAUGGGAUGUACCGGCGUGGAUCGCCAAGGUCGUUCCUCGAAGGAUGCAGGAGCUUACUGUUGGCCACGGGGUAACUUUCCAGAUGCUGAACCCACGACCAUAUCUAGCGCGUCUGCUACUACCACUUUUGCACCUUCUGAGACAAGCAGCGCAGUAACCAUAUCUAGUGGGUUUUCUUCCGCUUGGUCGUCUGCCUGGUCGUCUGCCUGGUCUUCGAGUUUUUCUAGUUGGUCCUCGAGCGAUUUUUCGACAUCGUUUUCUAGUGACUUCUCUACCUCUUUCUCUAGCGAGUUUUCUACCGCGUCUUCCAGCUCAUGGAACAAUGCCAGCGGUACAAGUACCGUCUUGAGUUCAACUAUUCCAACAGUCACUUCUAGUGCGCUUAGCACUACCUUACCAUCUAGUUCAGCGGUAGUUCCAAGCAGCUCUACCUCCUCAGCAGAAGCCAGCUCUACCUCCUCAGCAGAGGUCAGCUCUACCUCCUCAGCAGAGGUCAGCUCUACCUCCUCAGCAGAAGCCAGCUCUACCUCCUCAGGAGAAGCCAGCACUGCUCCUAGCACAUCCGUUCCACAAUCAACCACAGCAGCACCAAGUGUUAGUUUAAGUUCUACUACAAAUUUUAAUUCAAGCGUCAGUGAAAGUGCUACUUUAAGUUCUGGUGCAAGUUCUGGUGCAGUGUCAUCAGCACCUGUAAAUGCUACUGUCAGCGGAAGCAGCGCUGCUCCUUCGGUUAUUAUUACCACUGCUCCAUCCUCUGUUUCAAGUGGGUCUUCUGAGGCCGCCGUCACUCCUUUCACUACCCCCAGCAAUGGUAACUCGACCGACGGUGACUGCUCUACUCCUGUUGAGGUUAUUAGUCUGAUUACCAAUGUUCACACAACUGUUGUUUCAGAGAAUGGUAUUACCAGUACGAUCUCAUACACCGGCAUUGAAUUUACCACGGCACUUUUGACAGACGGCUGUUCUGUAACAGGUCCAGUUAUAAUUACAGCUACUCCACAAACUCCAACACUUGAGUCUUCAAUUCCUACAACUGUCCCAAUUAUCCCUACUAUCUCUAACCCAGUUAAUUAUACCACUGCCUCUGAAUGUGUUCCCGUGGUUGAGACUGUUACAGAAGUGGUUACCAGUGUAUUGCCUACAAUUUACACGUUGAGUGGUACCACCGUGACUUACUACGGAACCGCAACUGGUCAUGUUACUUCAACGAUCACAAAGCCUUGUCCAACUGGUCCAUAUACCUCCACUUCGGCUCAAUUCUCCAACUCUACUGCGCCUGCCCCUGUGACACCAACCGUCAUUACUACGAUUAACACCAUAACCACAGUAUCGAACGGUAUCACUGCAACUCAGACAGUUACAUACACAAUUCCUUGUAGUGGAGAACAUACCGAGACUACCAACUCUGAAGGUUUAUCUACUACUGUGGUGAUCCCUACAUUAAACAACAUUUCUCAACCUGUUACAUUCACCGGGACCAACACGGCUGGCAACAAAACCACUUGGAUAGAUACUGUUUCGACAUCGGUAACCAUUCCAGGUACUCCCGAUAUUCCAGGUGUUCCAAGUUUCACGGGGGUUCCAGGUGUUCCAAACAUCACAGAUAUUCCAGGUGUUCCAGCUAUUCCAGGUAGCUCGAGUAUUCCGGGUACUAUUCCAGGUACUCCAGGUACUCCAAGCAUGCCAAGUAUUUCAGGCGCACCAGGUGUUCCAACUAACCCAGGCAUUUCCAGUGUUCCCGGUACGAUUCCUGGUACACCAGUUAUUCCAAGCGUGUCAAGUAAUACAGAGAUUCCAGGAACUACAGUGGUUACGAGUGUUCCAAGUGUUCCAGGUGUUCCAAGUGUUCCAGGUGUUUCAAGUAUCCCAGGUACUCCCGGUACUCCAGGUGUCCCAGGUAUCCCAGGCACUACAGAGGUUUCGAGUGUUCCAGGUAUCCCAAUUACUCCAGGUAUCCCAGGCAUCCCAGGCACUCCAGGUACUCCAGGUAAUCCCAGGUACUCCAGGUAUCCCAGGUACUCCAGGUAUCCCAGGUACUCCAGGUAUCCCAGGUACUCCAGGUAUCCCAGGUACUCCAGGUACUCCCAGGUACUCCAGGUACUCCAGAAGUCCCAACAUCCACAGAAGUCCUAA